UCGCACAUUGAUCAUAAACACUGAAGGAUCAAGGCCCGUUGUGGUUCGUUUAUAAGAUUAUUUUUUUCAAUAGGUCUCAAUAAUCGUCGACUAUUGGCGAAGCCUUGUGCUUAUUUCAUAACAGAACUUAUGCUAUAUCAAUCAUGCUUUGCAGCAGCAGUGAACCACCGACUAUAAUCCGAUUCAGGAGGGUCACUGAACGAAAAUUAUAUUGGAAAUUAGAAUCGGAUAAACUGCAUGCAGGAGAUUAUAUGGGAUACUAGCAAACUGAUAGACGCUCGUACGAGAUGGAUGAAAUAAGACUGUCCCAUCAUGAGAAAACCCAGGGCACAUGUGGACAGAAGGGAGAGCAUGCACAAUUAAUCCAAGUGAAAGAGGGUUUGGCGCUUCAAAUGCGCUUUGGGGAGAGAGAGGGACAGAUGAUAAAGUGGAUGAUGAGAGUAAGUUAGAGCAGUGUAUGAGAGGGCUGCUGCGUAACUGUGCUCUAUAAACAAAGCACAGGUUUCCAUCUAUUUAAGAGAGUAGGAUCUGUAGAACAUCAUCAGCUAAUCAGCCAUGCGAUUGGUCAGCAUGCAGCAUCGUGUGCGGAGGGCAGCAGAAUCAGAGGAGGAGUCCAAACCUGCUCCACCUCCUCCGCCUCCUCCCUCUCACCACUCCCACAACUUCUUAAAUAUGAAGAACAAGUUUUUCAAUGAGCUUAGCCAUCUACCUAACCCGAAGAUCAAAAUGCCCAUGUGGGCUAUUGGUGCCAUAGUUGUGGUCGUGCUUGCCCUGGUUGGCUGCUUUGCUUUCUGUAUUUAUAAGAAGUGCUUGGGAGGGAAGAAAAAAACUAAAAAAGUCAGAGAGAGGAAGGGAGGACGAAGAAGGGUGAAAAAGGAAGGAGCAGAAGAAACGGGCGAGGAACAACCUAAAGAAGGAGAUGGCGAGGGAGAGAAAGAAUAUUAUGGCAAGUUGGAGUACUCUCUCGACUAUAGCUUCACUGACAAUCAGCUCAUUGUUGGUAUCUUGCAAGCCCAAGACCUUCCUGCCAUGGAUAUUGGUGGAACAUCUGACCCCUACGUCAAAGUUUAUAUGCUACCAGACAAGAAGAAAAAGUUUGAAACCAAGGUUCAGCGCAAGAAUCUGUGUCCUGUUUUCAAUGAGACAUUCAUAUUUAAGAUCCCCUUUAAUGAUCUAGCAGGGCAGACUCUGGUCCUGCAAGUGUUUGACUUUGACCGUUUUGGUAAACAUGAUGUAAUCGGAGAGAUCAAAAUCCCUAUGAACAGCAUUGACCUGGGCCAGCCCAUACAUGAAUGGAAAGACCUGGUCGGAGGAGAGAAAGAGGAACAAGAAAAGUUAGGAGACAUCUGUAUCUCCCUGCGCUAUGUGCCCACCUCCGGUAAACUGACCGUCUGUAUCAUGGAGGCCAAGAACCUGAAGAAGAUGGACGUGGGUGGUUUAUCGGAUCCUUUUGUGAAAGUGGUUUUGCAACACAAUGGAAAGCGUAUCAAGAAGAAGAAGACGACAGUUAAGCAGAACACACUGAACCCCUACUUCAAUGAAAGCUUCAGCUUUGAAAUCCCCUUCGCUCAGAUUCAGAAGAUCCAGGUGUUGAUCACGGUCUAUGACUAUGAUAAACUGGGAAGCAAUGAUCCAAUUGGGAAAUGCUGGAUUGGGUUUGGUGCUAGUGGGGUGGGCCUGCGCCACUGGUCAGACAUGCUGGCCAAUCCCAGACGACCUGUGGCCCAGUGGCACACCCUUCAGCCUGAGGAGGAAGUAGAUGCUGCCCUUAAAGCACCUAUCCGCUAAAUAUCUUAUCCACCCCUUAACUAAAUGUUUUCAUACAUCUGGCAAAACAUCAUUUAAAUUUCAUCCGUCCUUUCACAGAAGAGUUUCUGUCUGUUACGUUAUUGAGCAUCAUCCUGUACCUUUCUCUACUGUGAAACAAAGGAGGAGUAACUUUUAUAAAUGUUAUGAUGUAUAUUAUGUUCAUCUGGAUUGUGUUUAUUAUUUAAAUGUGUUUGUAUGAUGUGGAUGAUAAGUGUGUGUGUGUUUUGUUUGAAAGUGUUGUAUCUGUCCAUAACUGUGUGAGAACUGUCCUGAUUUGCCUCGUCUUUUUUCUGUGAACCAAGAUGACUUAAAACACAA